GAUCAAGUCUAAACCAGCCUCGCACGGCGCCCUCGUGUGGUACGAAACCCAUUUUCCUUCGGAUCUUUCUGCUGAUGCAGCGUUCGACCUGUCAUCAUGCCUGUGGCGUUUGAGAAAUAACAUCGACCAAACCAAACACAACAACGAAUGAACUUGUUGAAACACGCCUUCUGGGUUGCGCGUGUUUUCUGCCGGCGCAGCGCUAUAAAACCAUCGGUAAACUCACCAUUUUCGAGCACAUGCAACUGGCAUAAUCGCACACUAGCCAUGCCUAAGAGAAAAGCCUCAUCCAGAGUCGCCGACGCGGCCGUGGCAAAGAAAGCUAAAGCCGCUGAGGAGGACCCGGAGUUGAAAUACGAUGCGGAGUGGAGCGACUACGGGCCCCGGGGAGGGCCCAAGAAUCUCCCGCCGGUCUUCGUGCUGAGCGGCCCGUCCAUCAAGGGGUCGAAAAAGAUAGCUGGGUUCGACAUCGAUAUGACUCUCAUUGUGCCCGCCAGUGGACGGACCUUUCCAACAGGACCAAGUGACUGGAAAUUCAUGAACGACAAAGUCAAGCCCAAGUUGCAAUCGGAACACGAAGCAGGCUACAAGAUUGUGUUUUUCACCAACCAGCGCGGCAUGGAGAAGGAUCACACCUCGCCAGAUGGUUGGAAAGGGAAAGUCAAAAAGAUCAUCAAUGAGCUGAAUAUUCCAGUUCAGGUCUUUGUUGCUACGGGCGAAAACGACAUGCGUAAACCGGGCACCAAAAUGUGGGACCUGAUGGUGAAAGACCACAAUAAAGGCAUCAAGCCCGACAUGUCGGAGUCCUACUACGUUGGCGACGCGGCCGGCCGAGCCAAGGAUUGGGCUCCGGGCAAAAAGAAGGACUUCUCAUGUGGAGACCGGAUGUUUGCGGCAAAUGUGGGCAUCAAGUUUAUGACACCUGAGGAGUAUUUUUAUGAUGAGAAGCCCGCCCCUUUCAGUUGGUAUUCCAUCGAUCCGGCAGAGGUGAUCAAGACUUCAAAGGAGAAGCGCAAGGAUAGUUAUCACUCAAAGGACAAGGAACUGAUCAUCAUGGUUGGCAUUCCUGCAUCGGGCAAGAGCAGUUUUGUCCGGAAGUAUCUCCUGCCCCACGGCUAUUCGCACGUCAACCGUGACACGCUGAACACCCCAGCAAAGUGCAUUGCGGCGACGAAGGAAGCCAUCAAAAGUGGGAAAAGCGUGGUCGUGGACAACACGAACCCUUCAAAGGCAGCCCGGUCAGAUUACAUAGAUCUCGCCAAGAAUGCCAAGUACAAGGUUCGCUGCUUUGUGGUGGAUACCCCCAAGGAGAUAGCCCACCACCUGAACUACAUGCGGCAGACGCAGACCAACGGCAAAGUGCGCCGCAUCCCCAAGGUCGCCUACAACGUCUACAAGAAGAACUACGAAGAGCCCCAGAAGGCCGAGAAGAUUGACGAGAUUGUUAAGAUCCCGUUUGAGCCCACGUUUGAGGGAGCUAAAGAUAAAGAGCUGUUCCUGCAGUGGACUGGGGAAUAAGGUAAUAAGAUCGUGGGCAAUAGGCUGUGUCUGUGGCUGCGGCUUGCCAUUACACGUUUGUCUAUGGACAGUGAUGAAAGUGACUUAAGCCGCUUCCAAUAGACAGUACAUUACUGUCAGUCGUAGCCAAGUAAUUCAGACAUAGCCAUAGUUCCAUGGAAGCCAUGGCCAUUCACUAGAUGCUGGAAUUAAUGUCCUGCCAAUAGUUUCUAACAGUGUUGUAGUACUCAUACUUGGUACUCGUACUCGAGUACUACUCGAGUACUUUUUUCAGAGUACUCGUACUCGAAUGUCAAAGUACGCGUACUCGACAUGUCGAAAUUGCACUCGAUCAUCAAAGUACUCGUAC